AUGACGAAAAUAACCAUUUAUGACUGCCUCUCCCAAUGCAUCGCUGACAAGAGCGAUAGAGAUGAUCUAGUGAAGAGUUGCAUGUCCGAAUGCCAGCCGCAAAAAUAUACAGCUCCCUUGAUAUGGGUCGGCUUCUACAUCGCCGGUGCUUCUCUAGUAUGCAUGAUAGCCAUGGCAACCGACCUCUUCAACGGUUUACGUGCCAAAAAGUCUUGGUUUCCUUGCAAGUUCUUCACUCUAAACGCGGCCAUCUCUGCCGUCUUAGCCAUAGCCUUGAAGAUGCCUGUCGACUUAAGCUCGUCCAUGCCCUGCGGUAGAGACCAGCUCAUGAAACUCUCUGGCACAGCCUUGAUGUCGGUAUCCAUGGGUAACUUUAUGCCGUCUCUUGCAGCCAUGUCUGAUCCAGAACUCUUUGCCAACUUGAUCGCACUCGCCGUCUUUAUAGUCCCUCUCAUUUCAAAUAUAUGUAUUCAAAUCGGAACCGAGGUGAUUUACCAAGGUAUUGUCGUGCAGCAUGUCAUAAUCAUAUGUUGCAUCAUCCUCCAAUUUGCCCUGUUGGUUUCCACUGCCAUAGCUUCUCCAACCAUGAAAGAACACCUCGACUCUGCCUACAAGGAAGCCGCGUCAUUAGACGCCCAACCGAUAAUCAAAGACCAGCUAAAGAAGCAUUGGGUUAUGACGCAAACGAGCAACCCUCAAUUUGUGAUAGCUCGUUCUGUCAUGUGCACCGCUUCCGGUGCAAUUUGUUUAGUAUCUGUUCUUGUUCUAGCUGAAGCUAUUAUUCAACUCUACAUUACCAUGUCUAAGAAAAAGAUAUUCUUCUUCCCCAGUUCCGAUUACGAGUGGUCGGCGAAUUUCAUCGUUGUAACUCAGGCGGUGGCUGUUCUGGUCGGGUCGAUAUCCCCAAUAUGUCGAUGGCUCAUGGUUGUUUGGUUCAAAUUUGCAGGCUGGCCAAAAUCAAGUUUCCAAAAAUUCUGGACAGUAGAAGAAUACUGGACAAAGAGAUUGCGGGAAUUGAAAGAGUUGCAACUGGGAUUGAAUCCCCGCCAUGUGAAAUUCAACAAAUUAGUUCGCGAUGGGAAAGCGAUGUUUCUGGAUAUCUUUAUUAAGUUUCAGACUUUCACAGUCCUGUCAUGUAGGUUCCUCUGUCUCGUCUCCUUAGUCUUCCUCCUUCCAUUCAUGUUUGUCUACAAGAUCAUACGCUUUGAUUGUAAGAAUAUGAUGUUCGCAAAAGAGGAUAAGGAUGGAUCAGACUUGCCCAAGAGUACUAAAACAGUAAAGAAAACCAUUGGGGAGAACACGGGCGCAGAAGAAAAUACAGAUAUGACUUGGGAUACUACAUGGGUACUGAAACUUGACAACGAUUCAGAGUUGCCGAAUAAAACAAUAAAGAAAAUCGUUGGUGUUUUUAAUGGCUACAUCAACAAAGGGAAGAAAAAGGCAAACCUUGAGAAGGCAGAUGGGUUUGACGGGAUCGAGAAAUUCAAUAGCAACUUUAUUGAGGGACUUACCAAAAUCAGCAUAGAUGGCGUUUAUAAUAAUCCAAAUGGCGUUUGGGCAAUGAGGAUUGUAACACUCUCCACCAUCGUUUGCUGCAUUAAAAAUAUCCCAGAUGAUCGUAAGUUUGUAUCUAUGGUGAACAACAUCCUUAAAUAUGUUAGAUACGUAGAAAAAGCUCUGGAUGCUGGUCGGAAAGACAUUGAUCUUGGUGACGCUGCUAUGGAUGCAUGGAUAGAUGUUUACAAUUCUAAUAAAUGGCUUAAAGAAAUCGACAUCGGGAAAGAAAUUGAGAAACAAAUGCCCUUUAAGACGAAGCUUGAAAAAUUAAAGUUUUCGCAAGAAAAUAUGGAGAAACAUGGUAAUAAUAGACAGAUAAUCGCAGCAGCGAAGUGGAUGAACAAAACAGUCGAGAUUUUUAUACAAAACUUGUUGGUUCCAAGCAAGGAUGGGAAGGAAAUUGAGGAGCAAAAGUUAUAUGAGAAUUUGUGUUUAAUGGUUUCAGACAUAAUAGCAGCAUGUCUAGUGAACCUAGAAAAAGCCAUAAACAUAAACAUCUCAAAGGCUUCAAUUGAAAAAAGAGAGUCGGUGGUUAAAGAUGCGGCUUCCAUAUUGGGAGAGACAGAAGAUAUUCGACAAGUUGCGAAAGAGAGACAUUUUUCCAUAACUGAUUCACAAGAUUAUAACGAAUACUUAAAAGUAUCAUGGUGGAAGGUUGUAAUCAAAAAAAUUCCGCUUGAAGAAGCAAUAGCAAGUGAAAAGGCCGAGCCUCCUUUAGUGAAGAUCACCGGAUAG